AGUUAUAGAGUUUGGAUCCCAUGUUGUGGUGAGUGAAAACAAAGAGAGAGAGGGAGUGGAGGUUAGAGAGAAAAUGGAGAUUUCUCCUAAAACUCAAGUGUCUUUCCUUUGUUAGUGUGUAUUUCCUCCUGUUAUAAGAGAGAGGGUAUUCUCAAUUGUUGCUCUCCUUAUUGCAGUAGAGAAAUUGUUGUAUCAUUUUGCUAUAGUGAAAUCCUUCUACAAUUUGUCUAUCAUCUUGUGCUUCACUCAUUUUCAUAGUUUCUACUUCAGUUGUAAUUGGGUGCCCCAUACCACAACGCUUCCUAACAUUUUGCUUAACCACUCCUUUGUAUAGUGGAAAUUUUUUAUAUUUAGUCGAACAGCAAAAAUUCGGUAAAUGCACUUCUCAUUGAAAGAUGGCAAAAUGUGAUUUACACAUGCAACUCAGAGGUUAAUGUCCCUUAAAUCGAAGAAGAAGCAUUCGUGCUAAAAGCAUUACUUUUCUAAGGAUAAUUGUCCGUCGUCACAUUAGAAAAUUGAUGUCGUUCUACCUUCUAAGUGGACUUGGCUUUCCAUUCCAGUUUGGUGGAUCAGGUGAUGAUUCUAAACUUCCCUUAGAAUUAGUUGCAUGAAUUGCAUUUGUGGUUGGGCUCUCUUCUCUCGGCGAAGGUAUAAAACGUGUGGAUCGAAGUUGUGUAUUUCCUUACUCAAGCAUCGGCCUCUGACGUUGUGUAUUUGCUUUGAUAGAGUCUCGGAGCAAUUUCUCUAUCUGCCAGCGGGUUCAACAUUCUGUCAGGUUACACCGGAGAAACGAACAGAAACACCAUGUAUAAUCUUUGCUUUUAGUAUAAUCUUUUCUAUAAAAAUAGAUAAAUAAAUAAUUGGAGUAAUUAAAGAAAACCAAAGUCUAAAAGUGGGGGAUCUAUCACACCAAAAGCAAAGAAUUGUUGGAAGUAUAUAAAAAUUAUAGAAUAUAUAUGAAUCAAAUGUAGCAUAUAUACGUUCUCAUCAGACCAUGCCUUCCCCCCAACCUCCGAGUUUUUUAUUUCUUUUUUGCCAAUCCCAACCUAUGAGUUUAACAAGUUGAGAAUUAAGAACUGGUAGCUCACAUUGACAGGUGUGGUUUACCAUAACCUUAUGAAUCCACUCUGUCUUUCAUGCACUCCACAAUCUACACCAGCCUGUGUCUAUACAUAACCAACCAAAAUGUUUGAUUCCAAUUUCUUGAAUGACCAAAACAACCAUCCCUUCCCUCCAAAAUGUCACUAGAAACCAUGUAUUUCAGUAAUUUGGCAAGAUAGAACCGGACCCGCCAGUUUCUAUUCCCAAAUCAAACCGUUACCAACUGCCUGCGGCCUAUAAGAAAAUAGUAUAAUUUUGGUGAACUAUCAUACCACUAAAAUACUAACAACGUUUCUAUAAAUUAACAUGUGUCAAACGAUAUCAAAACAUAUCAUGAAAAUGAGAUUAUGAGAUCGUAACAAAGAGAUGAAGAUCAUAUAGAGAUGAUAAAGAUUAUAAGAUUUUCCUUUACGACAAAACCUAUAUAUAACUACAAACACCCCUCCUCUAGAGAGCUCGAGUUUAGUUUAACUACGAGAGAUUUCUAGUGUUUCCAUUAAUCUAAUUCAACUAAACUAAAGUUUAAAGCAAUAUUCUCCGAAUAAAAAAAUAAGAAGAACAUUGUCUUUCAAUGAACAGACAAGAGGAAAAGCUCUACCUUUGUGACUUUAUAUAUUUGACUGUACGAAAGUACCCUCAUAAUAAUAGUCCUUCCUGUUGCGCACAUUUUGGAGCCUUGGAGGGGAGAGAGAGUCCUUGGUUGUUUUUGUUGUUGUUGUUGGAACGACUCGGUUUUACAGAAAACAAGAACAUGCAUCAUCUUAUUCAUACAUUAACACCAUGAUCUCCUUCUUCUUCACUCUGAUCUCUACCUAGGAGAGACUAUGACUUGAAAUCAAUAGCCAACACUAGCUAGCUAGAUAAGGUGUUGGUGUUCUUGGAAAGAAAUUAAUAUCAAAACCAUUUUUAUUAAUGGGUACAUUCUCUGGCUUUAGAAAGGCUUAUGGAGCUUUGAAGGACUCUACCAAGGUUGGCCUUAUCAAGGUCAACAGCGAAUUCAAGGAUUUGGAUAUUGCCACUGUGAAGGCCACAAGUCACGUUGAGUGCCCUCCGAAAGAGCGUCAUGUCCGAAAGAUUUUCUCUGCAACAUCGGUGGUUCGCCCGCGAGCAGAUGUGGCAUAUUGCAUUCAUGCCCUGGGCAAGAGAUUGUCCAAGACACGGAGUUGGAUUGUUGCCAUAAAGACAUUGAUAGUUAUUCAUAGGACAUUGCGAGAGGGUGAUCCUACCUUUCGAGAGGAGCUUCUGAACUAUUCUCAGGGACAUAUGCUCCAAAUUUCCAAUUUUAAAGACGACUCAAGUCCCCUUGCUUGGGAUUGUUCUUCUUGGGUUAGGACAUAUGCGCUCUUUUUAGAAGAACGUCUAGAAUGUUUCCGAGUUUUGAAAUAUGACAUUGAGUCAGAGCGUUUGACCAAAACAUCGCCAGGAUCAACCAAGGUGCAUAGUAGAACACGAAUGUUGGGAGCUGAUGAACUGUUGGAGCAGCUACCUGCACUGCAGCAACUUCUUUACCGUCUAGUUGGUUGCCAGCCUGAAGGAACAGCUUAUAACAAUUACCUCAUACAAUAUGCCUUGGCUCUGGUAUUAAAAGAGAGCUUUAAAAUAUAUUGUGCCAUCAAUGAUGGAAUCAUAAAUCUAGUAGAUAUGUUUUUUGAUAUGCCAAGACACGAUGCAGUUAAAGCUCUCAAUAUUUACAAAAGAGCCGGUCAACAGGCUGAGCAUCUUGCUGAGUUUUAUGAGUAUUGCAAGGGUUUGGAUCUUGCUAGAACUUUUCAGUUUCCAACACUGAGACAGCCACCGCCGUCAUUUCUUGCAACAAUGGAAGAGUACAUAAAAGAAGCGCCUCAGUCCGGUGCUGUUCAGAAGAGACUGGAGUACCACGAGACAGAAGAGCGGCCUCAACAACCAGCGCCUCCACCUCCAGAGCCUGAAAAAAAAGAAGAAGAAGAAGAAGAAGAAGAAGAACAAAAAGUUGAGGAACCACCGGAAAAAGUUGAGGAAGAAACCCAACCAAAGGAGGAAGAGGUAGUUGAACCUCCUCCCUUGAUCGAAACUGAUCUCCUGGGCCUAAAUGAAAUAAAUCCAAGAGCUGCAGAAAUUGAAGAAAGCAAUGCUCUAGCUCUUGCUAUAAUUCCAAAUGGGACUGAACCACAAUCUGGAUCAAAUUUGAAUGAUAUCGGUGGGACUUCAGGUUGGGAGCUGGCCCUGGUAACCACACCAAGCACCAAUACUGGCCCCGUGGUAGAUAAAAAAUUGGCUGGUGGGUUUGACAAGCUAUUACUCGAUAGCUUGUAUGAAGAUGAUGGUGCAAGGAGACAGCUACAACUCCAGAAUGCAGGAUAUGGUUAUGGCGCGACAAGCCUGCAAAAUCCAUUUGAACAAGCACAGCAGCAGCCUGUACAUGAUCCAUUUGCAAUGUCUAACAGCAUAGCGCCUCCUACGAAUGUGCAAAUGGCACUAAUGGCUCAACAACAACACCAAGUACACCAACAGCAACACCAAAUGCAGCAACAGUAUCAACAACAACAGAACAUGAUGAUGGUACCUCACCCAUAUUAUUCUCAAUAUCAACAGGCGCAACAACCCGCAGGCCCUUCGAAUCCAUUUGGAGACCCUUUCAGCUUCCCUCCUCCUUCUUCUAGUGCAAUGCCUAACCAAGGAAACCAACACCUACUGUAGAGGUCAUUUAAUUCAUAAUUUAAUUCCAGUUCAUUCUUUAAUUCUUUGGAGUAGUGAGAGUUUGUUGAUAAGCUCAUUCUUUGUGUACUCCUGUAUAUUGUUUUGGAGGGUCAUUGGCAAUGGAAUGUAUACCAAUGGAUGUGCUAUUUUGAUCGACAUCUAGCUUUGCUUGUUGUUCAGAGCUCAAGGCUAGGGUAUCAGAAAUCAUACAUGUAAGAAUAAUAGAGAGAAUGGUGGUUCCUUUUAUUGGAUCCAAGGGCGAACCUCUUUUAUUUUGUUUUGUUUUAGUUUUUUAAAUUUUUUAAUUAAAUUUUUCUGUAAUUUUGUGGAAAUAUAGUCAGUAGUUCCGCUUGUUACGUGA